AUGGCCACAGAAUACAAACUCAAGGACAUCUCGUCCCUACAAGAUAUCCCUAACUAUGAGAAAGUCGAGUCAGAGGUCGAAGGUGUGCCCGAUGGAAAGGUGCUGGUUGUUAGAUUAGAGGAUGAUAAGUUUCAUGCCAUAAGCCCCAAAUGCACGCAUUACGGCGCCCCGUUGAAAUUGGGUGUUGUUGCACCGGAUGGGCGUAUUACAUGCCCAUGGCACGGAGCAUGUUUUUCCGUCACCACGGGUGAGAUUGAAGAUGCCCCGGCCCCGAACCGCUUGAAUACAUUCGAAGUCUACGAAAAACAAGGCGCAGUCUAUAUCAAAGGCGAAGAAGGCGCCAUCAAAGCCGGACAACGAGACCCGAACCUCAAAUGCUCGGCCUCAACUGACGAGAAGGUCGUCGUUAUCGGAGGAGGAAGCGGUUCCCUCGGCACAGUACAGACCCUGCGCGAACUCAACUUCAAAGGUAGUAUCMCCCUGAUCACCAAAGAACCCAACCUGCCACUCGACCGCACAAAACUCUCCAAAGCUCUGAUCGCAGAUGCAUCCAAGAUUGAGAUUCGGCCGGCAGAAUGGUACUCCAACGCCGGCAUCGACGUAGUUCACGACGAAGUCACAGCCGUCGACUUUGCGAAGAAAUCCGUAUCAACCCAAUCCGACAAAUCAUUCCCUUACACAAAACUUGUCCUAGCUACAGGCGGCGUCCCCCGCAGCCUCCCGCUCGACGGGUUCAAGGAUCUGGGAAAUAUCUUCCAGCUCCGCUUCGUAUCAGACAUACAAAACAUCCUCGGCGCACUGGGCGAAGAGAAGAAGAAAGUCGUGAUCAUUGGCAGCUCCUUCAUCGGCAUGGAAAUCGGCAACGCGCUCUCCAAAAACCACGACGUGAGCAUCGUGGGCAUGGAGAAGGCGCCCCUGGAACGAGUCAUGGGUGAGAAAGUCGGCCAGAUAUUCCAAGGUCUCCUCGAGAAAUCCGGCGUAAAGUUUUAUCUGAACGCGAGCGUCGACAAGGCCACCCCUUCUGCCUCCAAUCCCGGAAAAGUAGGCGCCGUCCACCUUAAGGACGGCACAAGCCUGCCCGCAGACGUCGUCAUCUUGGGCAUCGGCGUGAAACCCGCUACCGACUUUCUGGCAAACAACUCUGCCAUCUCGUUGGAAAAGGACGGCUCAAUCCGCACAGACGAGACGUUCGCGAUCCCCGCCCUGAAUGGCGAUGUAUACGCCAUCGGCGACAUAGCGACAUACACCUACCACGGACCUGGCUCCGCGCCAGAGACAGGUUCCCCCGUGCGAAUCGAGCAUUGGAACGUGGCCCAGAACGCGGGUCGAGCCGUCGCCCGCUCGAUCGUCAACAAACCCUCCAGCCCACGCAAACAACACAAAGCUUUUAUUCCUGUAUUCUGGUCCGCACUAGGCCAACAACUCCGCUACUGCGGAAAUACAGUGGCCUCCAACGGCUACGACGAUUUAAUUCUCAAGGGUGAACCGGAGAAUGCAAAGUUUGCCGCUUAUUAUGCUAAGGGGGAGACGAUCGUGGCCGUUGCGACGAUGGGGAUGGAUCCGAUUAUGGUCAAAGCCGCGGAGUUGAUGAGGAGGGGGAAUAUGCCGAAGAAGGCGGAGAUUGAGGCUGGGGUGGAUUUGUUGAAGGUUGAUGUUCCGGGGCGUGUCGUUAUUUGA